GCGCGCUUCCCGCUGCCUUCCGGCCCCGCGCGGGGAAGCUGAGGCCGCGCUCCCACCUCCCCUCGGCGCAGCCUCGCACCUCCCGCCGCGUCACCCGUCGCUGCUCCCGCUCCUCAACGGCCGCGGGGUUUGGGCCUACCUAGCGGUCGGGCCACCUCCGCUCUCUCCGCCGUGACGAAUCGGCGCCCGGCUGGCAAAUUACCCAAAUUCGGGGAGUUCUGAGAAACGUAUGGGGCCUGAAAAAAUCCUUGAUUGUACUAAGCACCACCGCGUCCCCACUAGAAGACUUAUUUUUCUUGAGAGAGUCGGUUGGAGCCUUGAAAGGAAUUAAGAAGAGUGUUGAAAGUGCGAGCGCGGAAGCUCCGGACGCGAGGGGCGGGGCGUGCGCGGGACAAAGGGAAGCGAGGCCGGAGCUGCGGGCGUUUUUUCUGCCCGCGGUGUCUCAGAUUCAUUCUUAAGGAACUGAGAACUUAAUCUUCCAAAAUGUCAAAAAGACCAUCUUAUGCCCCACCUCCCACCCCAGCUCCUGCAACACAAAUGCCCAGCACACCAGGGUUUGUGGGAUACAAUCCAUACAGUCAUCUCGCCUACAACAACUACAGGCUGGGAGGGAACCCGGGCACCAACAGCCGGGUCACGGCAUCCUCUGGUAUUACGAUUCCAAAACCCCCAAAGCCACCAGAUAAGCCGCUGAUGCCCUACAUGCGGUACAGCAGAAAGGUCUGGGACCAAGUAAAGGCUUCCAACCCUGACCUAAAGUUGUGGGAGAUUGGCAAGAUUAUUGGUGGCAUGUGGCGAGAUCUCACUGAUGAAGAAAAACAAGAAUAUUUAAACGAAUACGAAGCAGAAAAGAUAGAGUACAAUGAAUCUAUGAAGGCCUAUCAUAAUUCCCCCGCGUACCUUGCUUACAUAAAUGCAAAAAGUCGUGCAGAAGCUGCUUUAGAGGAAGAAAGUCGACAGAGACAGUCUCGCAUGGAGAAAGGAGAACCUUACAUGAGCAUUCAGCCUGCUGAAGAUCCAGAUGAUUAUGAUGAUGGCUUUUCAAUGAAGCACACAGCUACCGCCCGUUUCCAGAGAAAUCACCGCCUCAUCAGUGAAAUCCUUAGUGAGAGUGUGGUGCCAGACGUUCGGUCUGUUGUCACAACAGCUAGAAUGCAGGUCCUCAAACGACAGGUCCAGUCCUUAAUGGUUCAUCAGCGAAAACUAGAAGCUGAACUUCUUCAAAUAGAGGAGCGACACCAAGAAAAGAAGAGGAAAUUCCUGGAAAGCACAGAUUCAUUUAACAAUGAACUUAAAAGGUUGUGUGGUUUGAAAGUAGAAGUGGAUAUGGAAAAAAUUGCAGCUGAAAUUGCACAGGCCGAGGAACAGGCUCGCAAAAGGCAGGAGGAAAGGGAGAAAGAGGCAGCAGAGCAAGCUGAGCGCAGCCAGAGCAGUAUUGUUCCUGAGGAGGAGCCAGCAGCUAAUAAGACCGAAGAAAAGAAAGAAGACGAGAGCAUUCCGAUGGAGACAGAGGAGACACACCUUGAAGAAACGACGGAAAGCCAACAGAAUGGUGAAGAAGGCACGUCUACUCCUGAGGACAAGGAGAGCGGGCAGGAGGGGGUGGACAGUCUGGCAGAGGAAGGGACCAGUGAUAGUAACACUGGCUCAGAGAGCAACAGUGCAACUGUGGAGGAAGCACCAACAGACCCCGUACCAGAAGACGGGAAAAAAGAAUAAAUGUUGCCUUGUUUUAUGUGUUCUAAAUACUUUUUUAAAUGAAAAAAUGUUUUUCGAGUUUUAAUGGUGUUAUGUGGUUUGUGUAUUAAUUUUUAUCUUGUCCAUAUCAUACCACCAAAGGCUUUUGGACCAUUUAGCAUCAUGAGCUGAAUGGCACAGUCACCUUUCUUAAGCGGGAAGAAGAUGAUUCUUUUCUUUGGAUCUUGUUUCUAGCCCUCAACUGUUGAAAGCCGCAGAAUUUAAAUUAAUUGAGAAAAUGCCCACCUCUUUUAGAGAAGUAUCCUUUGAUGCUGCAGAAUCUACUCUUACAAAUGCCUUCCUACAGCUCACUUGGGUGCUUCCCAAAGCCAUAGCUUUAAACCUUCCCAGUGCCCAUCAACAGCUUCCUGAAGGGCCCCUUUCCUGUUUGCUUCCACAGAGAGUAGCUUCUUGAAAACAUAGUUGUGUGAGUUCACUUACCCUUUUUUUAUUUUGAAUCAAUGUCAGAUACCAAGAGUUGUGUUAAGGUGUUUUGUGUACCUACAGCCAACACUUGGAUUGUAUUGAUCCAGAAAUAGUCUUCAUAGUUACUGGCUUAUGAAAUAGUCAUUAAAGUGAACAUGACACGUAUACAUUUAUCUAUACUGCCUUUUGUUAUAAUUAAUAUUGGAUAUGUUCUGGUGAAUUCAUCCCUAUUGUACAGCGGGGGAAAAUUACUUUUUUACCAAGUUUUCCAAAGACAGAAUAGAUCACAAAGCUGAAGGAAUUGAAUAUUCUUGCAAUGGAGGAAGUAACUUCAAAAUGAUUAGCCCAUUCUAGAAGAAAAACAGCUGGGAAUUAAGUUCAUCCACUGGAAAUUGUUUUACAAUAAUCAAAACAUUUAAAACCUCAAGGCUCAGGAUCCCAUAGAUCAGAGCCUACCUUUUUGAUAAACUCUUAGUAAAGUCUUAGAGACCAGAAGCAAGAUAGUUUGUGACACAUGCAUUCCAAAAACUAGAAUAGAUUUUUACUGAAUAGUGGUAUAACUGGUGGUAUAUGUUUCUUAAAGGUCCAAAUGUAA